AUGGUGGGCCCGGCUUGGAGCCGCUUCCAGGGACGCACACGACGGUUGGCCGCCAGACGUGGAGCUGCCAUGGUGUUGCAGCUUCACCUCUGGCUGGCCAGCCAUGGAAAGAUGAUGUGGUACAAGGGACCUUGGACACGAGCCUUUUGGUGUGGACAGCAGCCAAGGUACUUUAGCCCUUCGUCUGAGUUUUUUCCUACGUGCACUACGAGCCCAAUGCUGUUGGAUUUUCUUGCUUGCAAACCGCGAUCAAGCAACUCUGGUUGGGAUGGACUUCAGGACAAUGGAUACAGUGAUGGCGUGUUGGAUGCCUGCUACUCAUCGAUGAUGGCGCCGCAGGCCUACAAUGGUGUUUUUUCCAGGUCGCCUGGAGUGGACGACAUCGAGCACGACGACGCUGCUUACAUUGAUCUUGAAGGCCGUGAUGGCCAACUUCGUGCCGGACCGGGAAACGCGCGUUACGAGACGAACACCGGAACCAGGCGCGACGUUAUUGCAGGAGCUGUCCCAACUACCAGCAGCCCAUCAGUCUUCAGAAGAGCUGCGGAAGACAUGAAGCUUGCAAUGCGCAGCUGGACCACAGACUGGAAACUGAUCGAAAAUGCAUCGUCCUAUGGUGCAUCCUUGUCAAGAUUGAUCAGCAAUGGAAUGCGUCAUGGUCUGACACCCUUGAUCUAUGCAGCUGAUUCAACGUGCAAACUGAUUGGUGGAGCAAGCCCACUGAGCUUGCUGGUGUUGCUAGUGUUGUCACUCCCAGCGUGCGCAGCUCAUGCUGAGAGUGACAACCUGGAGCUUGUUCGCACAUUGCCCCCGGCAGUUCUGGUGCAGGGAGGUCUGGUCAACGGUGCAGCCGUUGACCCUCUGUCAUUCAUCAUGCAUCAGUUGGCCGAGCGAUUUGCGGCACUUGGUGAAGAGGUUCGUUUGUCAGCAGUGACUGAGCUUCUUACCUUUGACAGGCAGGGAGCUGAAACUGUGGACAACAUCAUAAACCGCUUUGAUGUAGUCCGUCAGCUUGCGCAUGAUCAGGGAGGUGCUCCCAGUGCUAACUGGGAAACGAGUUCGCCAGACACCUCAGCAUGGCUGGCCCAGGAUCUUGAUAUGAGCGACGGCGGCAGCUACGAUGACCCGGCCAUUGGAGAGCAUCUCUUCUGGGCCUAUCAGCGCAUUGCAAGCACCAUGCCCAUGUAUGUGGCACAGCCUCCUCCCAGUUUGCCGGCGUGGGCACUCAUGCCCGAGUUCAGCUUUGUGCAGCAGCCGAUGUCGUUUGUCAACCCAGAGCAGGAGCCUUUGAUUCCUUUACAGGAUGGUCGUCCUUCAGUGCGAAGUACAUUGGAACCUACAAAUGCACAACUUGUAGACAGCCUGCAUGCGGCCACUGAAGCGUCGACUCUGCGCUGGUUGAAUAAGUCCCAGCCAGCUCGCCCUGCAGCUCAGGUGACAUCGCAGCUUCACGAAGUUCAUCAUUCAGCCAUGGAGUCUUUUGUGCAGGCCCAGCGGGUUAUGCAUGAGCGUCGAGCCCAAGCCAAGCGUGCCCAAAGAGCCUUGCAUCUGCCGCGGACGGAUGAUCUCCAGGCUUAUGACGAGCCUGAUACUAUGUGCUCUCUCUGCCAAGAAGAGUUCGGAGCUGGGGAAUCAGUGGUUAGGCUGGUUUGUCGCCACCUGUUCCACACACACUGCUGGACUUCUUACUUGGUGCAUGAGGAGGCCAGAAUGCAGUGUCCCAAUUGCCGUGGCAGCACCCGGAUCAUCGCCCGCUUCAACUAUGUCAGCCACUCUGCCACUGGCACGCCGCAUCCUCCAGCAUCCCCGGGAGGCUCUAGCAACGCCAGCCGAGGCGGGCAAGGCACGCAGGAGUACCCUCUUACACCUCCAGGCAGAACUCCCGACCCAUCGGUGCAUACGCCGUCACCGUUCCGUGACGCAAACCCUGCCGCAGGCCAGGAUGAUGCUGAGUAUGAGGAUGCGCAACCCACGUUCCCGUGGUGGCCUGCCGCGCGGGAAGGAGCAGCAAGCGCUGCUGUCUAUCAUCAGGCCACAAUGCUACCAGGACACAAUGCUUUGCUCAUUGACCCUGGCGCCCACACAAAUCUAGUGGGAUUGAAGUGGGUGCAGCAAAUGCUUGAGAAAGCUCAGCGUGCGGGGCGAAUGCCCAGCCAAUCACGUCUUCAAGAACCUCUCACGGUUCAAGGUGUUGGCCAAGGUGUGCAAAGAUGCACUUGGAGUGUGUCGAUGCCUAUAUGCACCCCUUGUAAAGUGGAUGGCCAAGAGACGGUGGCUCAGCACGCGUAUGAGAGCCCCAUUGUGGACGGAUCAGGCGCGAAUUUGCCUGCCUUGCUCGGACUCAAGUCCCUGCGUGCCAAGUCAGCAAUCCUAGUCCUGUCCGAGCGGGACGAGGACCUCCGCGUGAUCCUGCCUGGCCCAGGCGGUGUAAACAUCGAAGCCACAGGUGCAGUAGAGUAUCCUUUAACGGUAGCACCUUCAGGCCAUCUCCUUCUCAUUUGUGAUGCAUUUGCAGGACAUAGAAGGAUUAACUUGCACACGCGAGAAAUGCAGUUUCCUGUAGUGUCCAGUGGGGACGGAGAGCUUGAGCACUUUACAGUGCAAGAUGAUUUUCAUCACGGGCUUCCCGCCCAAUCCACAGCAACAGCCAUGAAUCAAGAUGACCCGCCCGAACGGGCACCGAGCAAUCAGUCUCCGUCUUAG